AUUCAGUUAAUGCAGACGACACGGUAGACGCUGUGUUUAUCGAUUUUAUAAUUUUUUUUACCGACUGAACAUCGUAACUCUCGCACCUGAUAAACUCUUACAAGUUUUUUUUUCGGAUACCUUAAAGAGAGAAAGAGAAACCAACACAACGUGAUUCCCAUUGCUAUGUAAAUUUUUCACCAGUCGUCAAAAAGGAAAAGCAAAUAUGAAACUAGUGGCUUUGCUGUUAAUUUACUCCUUAUGUACCAUAGUUCAACCAACAGACAAAAUAUUUAGUGUCCAAGUUCCAUCAACCUAUAAAGUUCUGACUGGAAGGUUACAAGUUGACCUUUUGGUACCUGUAGUAAAUUACAACGUAACUCUACGGAUAUCUAGGAGGAAUACCAAAUGGAAGGACAUGGUUGUAAGACAACAUUUUUCCAAAUACUUAAUACAUUUGGAAUGUGGAUUUAUCGACGUACCUGAUUUAUACACUUUUUCCCUCAUAAAUAAACAACAAAAAAUUCUGGCGUCAUCUACAACCAAUGCAACUUGGCCAGAUGUUAGAAUAGAAGCCAAGGAACAUUUUACGCUCUUUGAAUCUGAAUUUACUAUUAGGGUGAAGUCUAACAUUGGGAAAUAUGGAUGCACUGGAAUAACUUCACAUAACUCCUUCACCAUUAACUAUAUACAUUAUUCUACCAAACAGGAUCUAAUCAACAAUAUUAAUGGUAGAAUAAUUCAUAAAUUACGGUCGUACAAUUUGUACAAUUCUCUGAACGCUAUAUGUAAACUUGGAUGCCAUGUAAUAGACACAAGCGGAUUCUAUAGAGUGACAAUGACGGCUAACACCUCUAGCAUUUUAAUAAGUUCAUCGAAACCAAUUAAAGCUGAUUUUCCUGAUAUAAACUUUCGUCUGCUACCUUCCGAAGUCUUUCCUUGUAGUGGAUUCAUUAACCUAGUAUAUAGUCGUCAGGGAUGUAAUCAAGCUCACCAAUCGGACACUAUUAGAAUGUUCAGAAUACCCAGAACCAAGUUUGCAGUAAUGAGUGAUAUGAGAAAGACGGCGGAAAAAAGCGUUAGUGGAAAGGAUAAAGUAUCUUUCGAAUGCAACUUAUUCAACGAAAAGCAUGAUCUCGGCUAUUGCUUUCAUUACGUUUCGCAAAGUGAAGUCUUAGGGAUAGUUAAAAUUGUCAAAGAGAUAUGUAUCCCUUCCGAUUCGAAUUCUGAAUUGAUUAGGGACGGAAAUUGGAACACUUGGGGUCCAUGGUCCCAAUGCAGUCGAACUUGUGGAUUUGGAGAACAAGUGCGAUACAGAGAGUGUGAUAAUCCUAAACCGGCCUUCACUGGAAAAUACUGCAAGGGCAGAAACGAAGAAAAAUUAGCCUGUGGUGGUAAACCGUGCGAAAAGACUCGCACUACUCCGAAUGCCUUCGCUCUUUACACCCAAGAUCCCCGUUGCAAUUGCGGAUGCGAAAUUACGUCUCCGAAUGGUGUAAUACAAACAUCAACUUCGUGUGACAAAAGAGUAUCUCAAUGGAUUCUUAUCGCAGAUAGGAAUCAAGUUAUCCACUUGAUAAUGUACUUAUCCAGUGGAAACAAUGGGAAAAGUCGGAGUUUAAUUAGAGUAAGAGACGGUAGACGAUCAGAAGACGAUUUAUUAUUGGACUCAAGCGGCUACGAUAUUCCUAAAGAAGGAAUUCCUAAAGUUGUUACCAGCAGUGGCAAUAGCAUGCUUAUAGAAAUUAUAUUGCCUUUAUCAAAUAACGUUGAAAAUGAGGGUUUUAUCGCGCACUACUCAAUGAAAAAGAAAAAUACAACAGCACCCAAUAAUGAUGACAACAACAAUCACGUAGAUAAUUCUCAAUGGCGAAACGCCGUAGCUAUAGUUGCUAUAUCAUUAUGCAUCGUAAUUAUCGUCAUCAUUAUAGCGACUGCUUUUCACGUUCGAUUAAGGACAAAACACAAAAAGGAAUUGAGAAAAAACCCUCUUUUGGUAAAUGGAGAGAUACCGACGCCUAGCCAGUCGAGCGCCUCGAGCGCAGGUGCUACCCCAGCCACUCUGUCGCCAGUGAAGACUACCACUUCGCAAGGAGUGUCAGCCGGUGGUGGUGGUGGCGGUGGCUGCGAGGCGGGAAACGCAGAGAAAAGAGCCUCGUCUAUGGGAGCGGGAGUAAAGGGGGCGCCUGUCGUCGGUAAACACGAUGAACCCGUAAGAGGGCGUGCUUAUCAUAGGAAAAGUAGUGGGAUGUCGCCAUCUGGGCCUUGCCCUGUGCAUAAUUCUCCUUAUCAAAUUCAACAAGAGGAAUUCUUACACCAUUUCGAAAAGAAGCUCCAUUCAGAUAAACGUCAAAAGAAGAAAGAUAAGCGGAAACAUCGGUCCGGUACAAUUAAUGAAAUUUACAUUGACACGCCGGAAAUGAAGAAGACAGCUCGCCCGUACGUUCCUAGUCAUUUACCCCCACUAGCACUGCAAGAAGAUCUUUCCCCCUCUACUGCCGUAUCGCCAUCCAUCGAGUGUAUUCCAAUGCAAGAUUAUCGUAAAAAACGACCACCAGCAAUUGGCCGAGAUGGGUCGAAGACUGAAGAUAGCGACUUUCAGAAUGCGAACGUCUCCACAGACUGUUCAAAUGUCUCGACGGAUGGUAGUUGUAAACCUUCCGUAAGACCAUUACCAAUUCGGAGUGUAUCACGUCCUGAUGGUCAGAGUCCAGAAAAUAGAAUGGAAGGCGAUCAAAACGCAAACACUCCUAACGGCUUAACACAGUUAUCACCAGUCCUACAAAAAUCAAAAUUAUUUCCGAGCGUUCCAACGACACCUGGAAGUCGUCGUACGACUCCCAGUGCUGAUUACGAAUAUGACGAUUACGUACCUCAAGUACCAAAUAGUUAUUUAGAGAUGAAUCAUGGACACUACACACUUUCUUGGUCCAAACCUCCUAAAUGGGCAAAACCUCCACUUUCCGAAGGAACCAGUGAAACUAGUCUACCGAUAAACGGAGUAGGUGAAACUAAUGCCUGAAUUAAAAAGUCUGAUUUCGUUCACUUUAAGUUUUUUUGGCUGCCUUAUUCCGCUUUAUCGUGAGAAAUUAACCCGUUUAUUUUCUUUAUAAAAAAAAUAUGUGCUUAAUUUGACAGUUUAUUCUGCCUUGUUUUUUUUUUAUUUAUUGUUUUUCUUUCAUCGUUAAUGUAACCUGUAAAAAAUUUGUUAUCUUUCAAGCAAAUGAAGAAAAAGAUUGUAAAGUGAGAUACGAAGAUAGAAAACGGAAGAAAAAAAACAUAAGGAAAAAAAGUGAGAAUAGAUAGAAUAAAAUAAAUUAUUUAUGCUUUGUAGUAAGCUAUUAAAGUAGCCAAACACUACAAAAUAUCUACUACAAUUGCUACCGCUACAUUUCAUAAAUAAAGCAAGAAAAAAAUGAAAAAAAAGAAUUUCAGCUUCAGAGCACAAGAGACUUUUUUUUCUAAUUCACAAAAGAAAACUUUCUAUCUAUACUACAUGUUAAAACAUUAUAUAUA